AUGCUGCGGGGCUGGCAAGCUUCCGAGAGCUCACGACUGCAGAAGUGCGGGCGUUACCUGCUGUUCGCCUGUUUUCUGACUUUGGCAACGUUUGCCGUCGCAUCCUUUUCGGCCUUCCACUGGGCUGAUCCGCACUUCGUCAGCCUUUCCGCGGUGUUGCAGGCUGGAAUCUACGGCGAAGCCGUAGGUGAUUCGAACGACUCCGAGUCCUCAGAGGAGGAGGGCCCGGAGGAGGCCGAAGCAGAAGAGGGCUCGGAGGAGGCAGAGGCAGAGGCUCCCGUCCAGACGCCAAACGCUUCAAACACGAUUCCCGUGGAGAAGGCAAAGCUUAUUUUCGUGAAUUGUGUGGAGGAUGGAAAGCCGGUGAAGAAGAGAGGCUUGCAAGGUAAAGUCUUGAUGUGCCAGCAUCAGUGCAAUUUGACAGUGAACAAGAAGGAUUUCGCUCGAGCUGAUGCAGUUGUCUUCAACCCUUUGUGGAUGACUCCCUUGAAGAGCCCGCCGAGGACAAAGCUUCCAGGCCAGAUUUGGGCAUACAGCUUCCAUUUCGAGUCUGCUUCCCAGCACACCUUCGCGCGCAAAGCCACGCAGGCCUUGUCAGGCAAAGUGGACCUGACCAUGACAUACAAGGGCAAGUCCGACAUCUUCCGGCCUUACUACAGGUUUAGGAGCCUGGAGCCGGAGGAGCGGCCAGAUCCCAAGAAGGACUAUGCGCAGGGGAAGCAGCACCUCCUUCUGUGGUUCGUGUCGAACUGUGGAGCCAAAGGUCGCAUGAGCCUCUUCAAAGGACUCCAGAAGAUUUUGGGCCCAGAGAAAGUUCACAUGUUUGGAGCCUGCGGUCGCUCUGCCGGCUGCAGCUCUGCCCAUAGCGGGGAUCCCUGCAACAUCCGCCUCAUGUCCAAGUACAAGUUCUAUGCGGCCUUCGAGAAUACCCGCUGUGAAGGCUACAUCACCGAGAAGUUCUUCCGUGGCCUCGGAAGCAGGACUCCCAUGGUACCCCUUGCUCUGGGGGGGUUGGGGAGGAAAGACUACGAGUUCUUGGCACCGCCGGACUCCUUCCUCCAUGUUGAUGACUUUUCAUCUCUGGAGGAGUUGGCGCAGACCUUGCUGGAAAUUGAUGCCGACGACACGAGGUACAACCGAUUCCACGCCUGGCGGCAGAAGCAGAAAGUCACGACCCAGACGGCGAACUACCGCAUCGCCUACUGCGACUUGUGCGAACGUCUGCACAGCGGCCAGCAGCUGCACCCCAGGUCAUACGGCGGGAGUCUGGAAAAGUGGAUGUUCGACGGCUGUUUGAGUGACGGCCCUCGUUGGAAAGCCUGA